AUGGAUCCAUUCUUAACAGCAACUACCGGCAAUCCGGACCCCGCGACCACCAUAUCGACCCUUCCAACAAAGUUGUUCCGCCCCACUGCAUCUACUUCUGAGGAGUACAUACCCGACUUCUCCGAGCUCCCGGACCUACACACAGUCAUCUUAGCGGAAGACAAGGCUCGUACUGCCCGGUCGCAAGUUCAAAUGCUCGAAGAGGGAGGAGACCAGAUCAUCCAACGUAUCGCACCGGAACCCGAGCAGCGUUUUGCCAUUUACACAUGGAACUACGACCAGCAUGGCAAUUUGAAGCAGGCUCCGCACAUCACAAAACAAGAGCUGGAGGCGUGGAGGAAACUCGAUCCGGAAUGGAAGCGUCGCUCCGUUGAACCUAAAGAUAAGCCGCUGCCAGUCAAGAAGAAGCUCAAGACGAGCCAUGAUGGACACUUAAUGCCGGGAUUCGACGAUUACACGAUAGAUGAGCGGAGGGAGGCGCUCAAAGCGACGGAGUCCGGUGUUUUCCCCAUGAAAGACGCCCUAUGGAGGAUUGACCGGCGGGCGCGCGAGCGACUGGUGAUAGAGUUGCAACAAUCUGAAGCCAAGGUGGAGGUCUUGCAGCAACGUCUCGCUGCCGAAGAGAUCAAGAAAGAGAAGGGAAAAAAGGAGACGGUGGCCUUGCAGAUGAACGAUGGGAUUGCCCAGAAAACAGGAGGGACGAACGUGUUGGAGUUGAGACAGAAGAAGAGAAAAGUAUCGACUUGA